AUGACAUCUCCUUCUCGAUCUCCCCCAAGAUCUCCAGCUCCAGAAUUGAUACCCGAUCCGCACGCCGAGGAAGAGGAAAGAGAGGCGAGAGACGACGACGAUGCAGGUUACGACUCAGGCAGCAUCCAGACAGCCACGACGUCAGUCAACUCGUCGAUUUUCGACUGGGUGUACGAGAACGGACGACGAUAUCACAGCUACCGGCCGACGCAAUACGUGCUUCCCAACGACGAAGAGGAGCAGGACCGGCUGGAUCUCACCCACCACCUCUUCACGCUGGUCCUGCAGGGCGGAUACUGCAUGACCCGACUCGACAGCCCGGAGGCCAUCCUCGACGUCGGCACGGGCACGGGGAUCUGGGCCAUCGACAUGGCCGACCUGUAUCCGUCUGCCAUCGUCACCGGCACCGACUUGUCCCCGAUCCAGCCGCAGUGGGUGCCGCCCAACGCGCGGUUUGAAGUGGACGACGCCAACGAGGAGUGGACAUUCCCCGAGCAGCAUUUCGACUUCAUCCACGCCCGCACCAUCUGUGCCGGCAUCAGGGACUUUCCGCAGUUCCUGGCCAAAUGCUACGCACACCUGAAGCCCGGCGGCAAGAUCGAGGUGUCCGAGGGCCGAGCCAACUUCUUCUGCGACGACGACACUUUCCCCGCCGACAGCUACACCAGGACGUGGCUGGAUGAGUUGCACCGCUGUGCGGCUCUGGUCCACUUGGACAUCGACCACAUCCCCAAAGUCCCCGAGGAGCUGGAGCGCGCCGGUUUUGUUAGUGUCGAGUUCGUGCAGAAGCAUGUCCCCGUCGGAACCUGGCCCAAGGACAAGUCGCUGAAGGUCAUCGGCAAGAUCUUCCGCGAACAGUUCGUCGCCAGUGCCCUCGAGGCCUACUCGCUGAAGCUGCUGUGCGAGGUCGGCAAUUGGUCCCUGCCGGAGUUUCAGGUCCUGUGCGCCAACGUGAGGAGGGAGCUUACCGAAAACAAAAUGCAUCUAUACACUUUCUGGUCAGUUGCCUCGCGGCGUCACCCUUCCAUGCCACGUGAAUUGUGUUGA